AUGGCGUUCCGAACCAUUAUUUUACUCUCCUGCCUUGCGGGUUUUAUUGAAGCACAAGUACCUUUCUUAGGAGCAUGUCCUGAAUUGAAGACAAUGACAGAUUUCGAUUCUCAAAGGUAUAUGGGGAAAUGGUAUGAAGCUGAAAGAUACUUCUCAGUUUUUGAAUUUGGAGGAAAGUGUGUCCAGUCGAAUUAUACAGAUGGGAUAGACAACAAUAUCAACAUUAUCAGCAAACAGACAAGUUCAUUGACAGGUGCAAAGUCUACAGUUAACGGUGCAGUAAAGAAAAACAAUAGUGGGAAUUCAGCACAGAUGCAUAUGACAUUUCCAUACCUACCAGUUGAUGCUCCAUAUUGGGUUUUAGAAACUGACUAUGACACUUAUGCAGUCGUCUGGUCAUGUACGAAUUUCGGACUGUUUAGUGCAAGAAACGCAUGGAUAUUGACAAGAGACAAAAAUCCACCGCUGAAAGUAAUGGAGAAGGCUUACAGCGUCAUUGAUAGGAAUCUGAUCAGUCGUGCUUUCUUCAUCAGAACUGACCAAAAUUGUCCAGAAGAAUUUUAAAUAUCGAUCAAUCCAAAUGAUUUUUAAUUAUUAUUAUUAUUUUUAAUUUUUGGCCUAAGUUUAGAUUUUUUUUUCUUUUUAAAUCAGGGAUCUAAAAUUAUAUUAUUAUUAAAAAUUGUAUAUUUUAAUUGGUGUAAAUAAUUUAUAAAUUAUAAGAAACAAACAAAUCCAGCUGUAUCACUGCCAUUAUUUAAGUUUGCGAUGUUUAAGAGUCAUCGACUUAUAAACAUCUAUUAUAUAAUUAUUAUUAUUUUAUUUUACUUUUUAAGACUUGUUAGUUGUAAGUAAAAUUUAAGCCAGUAAUUACGAAACAAUGUUUGAAGUUAUAAUAUAUUUUAUAAAUUUGACUAUUUUAUAAAUUAUGACAAAAUAAGUUUUUAAUUUUAAAUGUUAGUAUUAAUAAUAUGCACAAAAGUUUAGUUCCAUAAUAUUUAUAUUUAUGACAUAAUAAAGUAAUUACUUAAUUAGAAAUAGGGUCUGUAUUUAAUAUUAAAUAUAAUUUAUAGAUUAUAUUUUAAAUGAUGAAUAUUUAUAUAAAUUAGAAUUUUAUAAGGCAGGAAAUGACGUGAUACCUGCAGAACUGAAUAUUUUAUGUGAUAAAUUUUUAGGAUUCGACAACUUUUUUUUUACAUAUAUAAUUGAGAAUGUAUUUUAGUAUUGUUUUGUUAAUAUUGGAAAUAAAAAU